UAGGGUGACCGACCAACGGCCGCGUUCUAGAAACAUAUUACGCUGAACAAUUGCUACAAAUACACGUUAUUGUUCAUAGUUUGAGAUGAAAUUGUGCAAGUGAAAAUUUUAAAUAGACAAGAUGAUGAAGACAACGAUCUUUAUAUUUUGUUUAGUGCUACUAACUGUUGUGAGUGAUAGUGGUGCGAAGAAAUUGUCUCGCAGUCGGAGUUCAGGCUCUGGUCGUAGUUCCGGUAGAAAAACUAACUCGCAGCCUGCACCAACAUCUUUCAGUUAUCCUCAACCUGCUGCUCCAAAACCGUCUCUGUUUGGGUGGCAGGAAAAACCAGCUCAAAACACUCGGAUUUCUCCGAAGCAAUCUCAAUCAAGUAAUCAGGGUCAUUCAUAUCCAUCGAGUCAUACUGGUCUCUCGGGUAAUAGCCAACCCAAACAACCAUCAAAUAAUCAAGAAAACAUCCAAAGAAGCAAUGUACCUGUACAACAAUCUGCUCCGCAGUCGCAACAAAACAAUCAUAACUCAUAUCCAGCCUCAACCGGACUUUCAGGAAGCUCAGGAGCUGGGUAUCCACAACCAAAACAGCCUCCAAGCUAUCAAGAAAGCAUUCAAAGGAGUAAUGUCCAACAAUCCGCGCCUCAAUCGCAGCAAAAUGGUCAUUCUUAUCCAGUUUCAAAUGGACUCUCUGGAAGUUCAGGAGCUGGGUAUCCACAGGGGCAAGGGUUAUCCGGUCAUAGUGCAGCACAACCUUCAUAUCCGGGUAUGAACACGGCAAAUAACAAUAAACCAUAUGGCGGAAGUGGUUAUCCAAAUACAAACGUUGGUAAUAAUUAUAACCAACACGCGGCGCCACCCCCUUACUCUAGUGGAGGUAACGGCUACUAUCAACAUCACCCUCAAGGGCCACCACCCCCGUACUCGAGUGGACAUAACUACGGAGGAUAUGGAGGACCAGGACCAUAUAGUCCUCAAGCACCGGGGUAUUUUGGGGGCUAUGCUAAUAGCGGAAGGGGUUUUGGAAGUGUAAGCCGCACAGGAAGUGCUCUAACUGGAGUAGGUAUUGCAGGUGCUGGAAUUGGAACAGUAUUAACUGGUUUGGCUUUAUGGAAUUUAGCGAGAUCGACUGGUCACCAUCACCAUACUGUGAUAUAUGAUAAUCGAGGCCAACCAAUAGCAGUCGCUCCAGAUAAUGGUACAACAUCCGCUGUUGAUCCUAUUUUAGGCGAUCUAGUAAAUUGUACUCUUACAAUAGAUACCGAAAAUGCAACAGAAGUCAUCGCCAUACCUUGUUCAAUUGCAACUUCAUUUACCCCAGAAGCUGAUGUGAAAGACGUCAGUAUGAACAAUCAAACUAGCGAUAAAACAAAAUGUACGAUAACAGUUGUUACAAAAACUGCACAAGAAUUCAUGACCACUAUCCCAUGUUCUGUAUUACUCAACACGGCUGCUGAGAAUAAUGUCACGGAGCCUCCAGUUCUUGAUAAUCCUACAAACAUUGACAAUGGAACUGUUUCCGAAAAUAAUACAUUAAAUCAUUCCGAUCAGCCUAAUGCUUUACGACUUUCUACAGUUGACGAGAACCUAAAAAAUGAAGAAGCUUUAAAUUGUACAAAGGAAAAGGGACCUAUUCGUGAUCCCAUUAAUCCUUGUUUUAGUGUGAAGCACGACCUAACCGUGAUUCCACUCGAUACAACUGAACAUCAGCAAACUGUAAUUUAAUUGAAUGUGUUUAGAUAAUCCUAAUAUUACAGCUGUAUGCAUAUAUUAUUAUAACUUGUCCAAUUAAACGUAAUUUUAUUA